AACAAUUGAUACUGAGAUUUGGGGUUCAAAUUUCAUUAUGAGUAAUAUUUACUCAAUUAAGAUUUGCAAGUGUUCCCCUAAAUCAAGGGUGUGCCAUGACACCUCCUUCCAACCUUGUAGCUCCGCCCCUGCUUGUCAGCUUUUCGUGCUUAGCUCGCCCCUUUGUUCUUGGCUGCUACUUGGUUAACUUCUAUAAUAAUUUCAAGGUUAUGAUAUUAUAACCUAAAAGAAAAUAUUGAUAGGGAUUAAGGCCCACCAUCGUCUACAUCUAACUCUUAUAUUGCUUAAAUAAAAAAAUAAAAACAAACUCAUGGAUUUCUACAAGCAUUAAGAUGUAGUUAAAAUAGUCGAGACGUUGAACUCACCUAAAACAAAUUUCAAGUUUGAAUCCAGUCUUGUCUUGUUUAGCUAAGAUUCCUUUGAAUGCACUAUGUUUUUAUCUGCAUAUAUCGAAAUUUGAUGGAUUACGUAAUCUAUUAUGAAAAGUUUCAUACCUUUUUUGUCAUUAGAUCUUCUCUGAAAAAAAGAGAGAUGAACAAAGAUCGCCAUAUUUACAAUACAACCUAUCUACUAGGCAAUCAAAGAACACAAAUUGGCAUUAAUAGACACUACCAAACCGGCUUAAGAUUUGGGGGAAGAAAUCGAAGGGUGUAUGCAUCUGUGGGCUUAUCCGUUUUCCUUAUAUGAAGCCCAAGCCUAGUAGCCCAUCUAAGGAAGCAACCUCGUCCAAGUCCUGAAAUUUUGGCCCUAUUAGACCACCCAAUUACCCCAAUGAUAAUUCCUGCCUAUUGUAUUCAUUUUCCAAGUGGGGUCCAUGGACCCCACAUCCCCUCACCUAACUCCGUCAAUGUGAAUCACACAAUUCAUGCGACAUAACAUAAUCAGAUUACAAACCGAAUCCAAUCCUUAAGAUUAAAUGAGAUUAAGGGUUGUAAUUAAUAUACCGUUAUUGUUAUAUGUUGUUUAAAAGUAAUGGAUUAUCGUUACAUUCAAUACAAAUUGAGGAGUUGAUGCUGAACAGAGUUGAUCGGCCAACGAUCAACAACGAUAACAAUGUGAGAGUAGAGAGGUUUGAGUAUAAGAAGUAAGGACAAAAUAGGAUCGUCGCACGUCUUGGUCCUUAUUCGCGUCGACUAUCUGAGUACAUUUGAACAUCCAAUGGCUUUUCAAAACAUAAAUCCGAGUACAUUUGACAACCUGAAAUGAUGAAAUUAAGAAAGGAAAAUAUUCUACGAGCAACUUGUGGGAUGGGCCACAUGCCCUUUUUUUGCAGCUAAAAAUUUCCUAUACGCAAGUGGCUCUGUUCUCUGUCUCUAGCACGUAGAUGAUAGAUCACAACAAAAUUUUUUUCCCUAAAGUCAUUCAAGAAUCAUGUUUACACAAAACGGUCCUCAAAGUUGCUCUUUAUUUUCACUAGCGUAGAGAGAGAGAGACAGAGAGAGAGAGAGUCUCGUCGGCUCGUCGCCUUAUUCCUGUUGGCCAAAAUACUCUCAAAUCCAAAACCGAAAACCGCCUCCUUUCCUUCUUCUUCUCCUUCAUCUCUCUCGCCCUAACAAAAAAACUACCCUCCUCCGCCAAAUCCAUGUAUCCGCCGCCACCGUCGACGGCGAAUUCCUCCUCCUCCAACACGGCGCGGCAGCAGCAGCAGAAACCGGCCGGGCUGACGAGGUACGGCUCCGCCCCGGGCUCGUUCAUCAACAAGGCGGUCGACUCGGUCAUCGGCGCCGACGAAGGCCGUCAGUUCUUCGCCGCCAACAACAUAGGCAACCACGACAACAACAGCAACGGCAGGUACUUCUCCGGCGGCGGCGAGUCGUUCUCGUCUUCCCAGCUCACCUCCGAGUCAGGCUGCAGAGUCAACUCGUCCGUCGACCACAAAUCAUCAGGUGGCGGCCGCGGCGGUGGCGAUCGGGUCAAGAGAUCCGACGCAUUGAACGCCGGAGCGCCGCCGCCGUCCUUGCUGCGGCGGAAUAGCUCUCCCGCCGGCUUCCUCUCCAAUCUCGUUUCCGAAAGCGGUUUUUCGAUAACAAGGGGUGGUUCCGGCGGCUACGAUUUAGCCAAGAAUAAUAAUCCACAUCACGGCGGUCAGAGGUUGAACCCGCAGCUGCUGAGCUUCACCGGCCCAGAAUCGGGCCUUUCUCAGAUAUCGGAGGGCAGCGAGAGCGACGACGACGACGUGGGCGAAGAGACCGGCCGACACCAUAGUUCGUCGUAUAGCAAUCCGGCGUCGUCUGGGUUUGUCAUGGAUUGGGACAAUAGUAGUAGUGCUCCCAACUCCAUCACGUCUGGGUUUGUCAUGGUUCAUGGAGACAUCUAUACUUGCUACAACGGCUUGGGUGACACCCAGUUUAGCAUGCCACAGACGACGGUGGACAGGCUGUUACAUAUACGGGAAGACUCUAUCCCGUGCAAGGUUCGAGCUAAGCGUGGGUGUGCCACCCACCCUCGAAGCAUUGCGGAAAGGGAAAGACGGACCAGAAUAAGUGGGAGGUUGAAGAAGCUUCAAGAUCUCGUUCCUAACAUGGACAAGCAAACGAGCUAUUCAGACAUGUUGGACUUGGCGGUUCAGCACAUCAAAGGCCUUCAAAAUGAACUCGAGAAACUUCAUCAGGAUAUGGAGAAUUGCACCUGCGGAUGCCGACCAUGCAAAAAUGACUUUCUUGGCUGACAGAUUUUCCCUACCACAGACAGUUUUUUGUAUCCAUUUUCUUCUUCUUAAAUACCCCCCAAAAUGGUUGUUUUCUUAGCUGAAUAAUUAUUUACACACUUGUGGGGAAAUAGUUUUAGUUCUUUUUGUUUGUUUCUAGCUUUGUUUAUGUACAUAUUACAUAAUAUGGGGAUUUUUUAAUCGAACAAGUCUUUAUAUUUUACGGUUCAAUCUCAGAAACACAAUUUCCUUUACUAACCUCCCAAAUAAAAGUACGUAAUUUAU